AUAUAUAUAUAUAAGGGUAAGUAUUGAAGCCAUAAAAUCACAGCUCAACUCUUGAUUCAAAGAUCAGCAUGACAGGGUCUGCUGGGUCUCCUUGUGGAGCCUGCAAGUUCUUGAGAAGAAAAUGUGUCAGGGGUUGCAUUUUUGCACCUUAUUUCUGCCAUGAACAAGGCGCUACACAUUUUGCAGCCAUCCACAGGGUUUUUGGGGCGAGCAAUGUGUCUAAAUUGCUUGCGCAACUCCCCAUUAAUGAUCGUUGCAGUGCUGCGCUUACAAUUUCGUAUGAAGCUCAAGCCAGGGUUCAAGAUCCUGUUUAUGGCUGUGUUUCCCAUAUUUUUGCUCUCCAACAACAGGUUAUUAAUCUACAAGCACAACUAGCUUCAGCCAAGGAACAAGCAUCUAAAAGCAAUUCCACUGGCUCUGACAAUUCAUUGAACCCAAGUUGGCUUCAGUACUCAGAAAAUUUAAACAUGAUGAAUCAGCAACAUCCUAACUGUUUCGGGAAUGACGAAAAUUUCAUGGUUCCUGAACUUCUAAAUGACAUAUAUGGAAGGUUUGGGGAGUCUUCUAAUUCCCUGAGCUCAUUAGAUCACAUCCAAACAAACUGUAUGCAAUGGAGUUUUGAUCAAGAGUAAAGACGAGUAUGCAGUAUGAUCACUUUGAUGGAGUUGCCAGCAGCGUUCUUGAGCCGAUAUUGAUCAGGCCUCGGAGCCGGAGUUAAUGUAGGAAAUAUAAGAGGAUUUGUCCAUUUUUUUUAACGGCUGCUGCAUAAUGAUCAUUUGCUGCAAUAUAAGCUAGCUAGCUACAAACCCUAGAUCAAGGAAUGUCAAAGUACCUACUGGGGUAUAUAUUCGUAGCUAGACACCAAGAAUCAUAAUCAAAACCAUUUUC